UUUCUGUAUAAUGGGUGUGAUGUUUACUGUAUUUACUGAAAGUUUGACAAUAAUGUUGUGAUGUUUUAAUGCAGAGUUUGUAGGUGUGUACGUGUGAACAAUGUGCAAUAUAACAGGCUUGCUAAUUUAAGCCUGCAAAUGGGAAUCAUACAAAGGUUAUCAGAUUAUUGCCGUUUGUGAUAAAUACAGAUUUCGUUGAGAUGUCAAGAAUGAUUGGAGAAGAACCACGUAGCCGUAGUGCCUCAUCAGCUUCCACCUUCUCAUCCUCUUUACCAGCAGAUGAAAAUCUUAAUGGACGCCUUGGGGAUUUUACAUCUCGUCAUUGUUCAGCAUUACGGACACCACCAGCUCGGAAAGCUAAACGUAUCCGCUUCUACAGGAAUGGUGAUCGGUUUUAUAAGGGAGUAAUGAUGGCUGUGACUCCUGAAAGGUAUCGUUCAUUUGACAGCCUAGUAGCAGAUCUGACACGUGCUCUUGUUGAAAAUGUGAAUCUUCCCAGUGGUGUACGGACGCUGUUUACAAUGGAUGGUCAGAAAGUGGGUGGUCUUGAUGAAUUGGAAGACGGUAAAUGUUACGUAUGCUCGGGUCUUGGUGAAUCUUUCAAGAGGGUGGAUUACUCAGCCAGCAGGACACAAACUGGAAAACUGAAGCAUCGUAAAUCACUUCCAUCAAUGCAUCAACCUUCUGAAACAACUCACUCGCCUACAUCUCGUACAAGUUUAUCUGAUGUCAUCCGUCCUCGAUUAAUCACAUUAAUAAGGAAUGGAACAAGACCACGAAAGGUUGUACGAUUGUUGCUCAACAAGAGGAAUGCUCCUUCCCUUGAUCAUGCAUUCUCCAGCAUCACAGAAGCAGUGAAGCUUGACACUGGAGCUGUGCGGAAAGUUUUCACUUUGUCUGGUGCACAGGUAACACAGUUAGAAGAAUUCUUUGGGAGUGCAGAUGUGUUUUUUGCAUAUGGAAAUGAGAGGUAUUCCAGAGAAGACUUUGAUUUGGAUGUCGAAGAGUAUAAAGCAAUUCAGUUACACAGUAAAAGUUUCCGUAACAUCCCAUGGAUGCCAAAUACUUCAUCUAAGUCUGGACAACGAUUGAUGGGUUCUCAGGAAAGAGUUGAUUUGAGAAUACCAGCAAACAUGCCAAAGAUGCCUGUGAAGACAAAGACUUCUCAGUAUUCUGGUUUGAAAGAACCACAUGAAAACACCUCUGCUAUACCUCCAUCAAUUAGACUCAAGUAUCAGGUGGGAAAGGUAAUUGGAGAUGGAAACUUUGCUGUUGUGAGGCAAUGUAUAGACAGGUCAACAGGAGCAGAGUAUGCUUUGAAAAUAAUUGACAAGUCAAAAUGUCAUGGAAAGGAACACAUGAUUGAAAGUGAGGUCUCCAUCUUGAGGCGGGUUCACCAUCCAAACAUAAUACAGCUUGUUGCAGAGUAUGAUACACACUCAGAGUUAUAUCUAGUCAUGGAACUAGUCAAGGGAGGGGACUUGUUUGAUGCCAUAGCAUCAGCUACAAAGUUCUCAGAGAAGGAAGCUAGUAUGAUGAUACGAAACUUGGCUUCUGCAUUGUUCUAUUUACACAGUUUGGAUGUUGUUCACCGUGAUAUUAAGCCUGAAAAUUUGCUGGUUCAAAUUGAUAGGCAUGGCACCAGAUUAUUGAAACUUGGGGACUUUGGACUUGCUCAAGUGGUAACAGAAUCUCUUUAUACUGUGUGUGGGACUCCAACAUAUGUUGCUCCUGAGAUCUUGGCUGAGACUGGAUAUGGUCUUAAGAUUGAUGUAUGGGCAGCUGGUGUUAUCUUGUACAUUCUGCUAUGUGGCUUCCCACCAUUUGUGAGUACAAACAGUGACCAAGAGGAACUGUUUGAUCGCAUUCUGACUGGCCACUAUGAGUUCAGUUCACCAUACUGGGAUGAGGUUUCAUUAUCUGCCAAAGAUUUAAUAGCUCACAUGCUGCAAGUUCAGCCAGAGCUCAGGUUCUCUGCAGAAGAUGUGCUAGAUCACCUGUGGCUUGCUGAGGCAGGUGGAGUAGAACAAUUGAAAGUCUAUCGUACAACGAACUUUCACAUCUCUCCUCGGGUUUCCUAUGCUCAUUCAUCAGACUAUGCUCACAGCGUGGACAUCAGACACAGUGGAACAAAACCCAAAAGCUGGGAUAUUUAGUGAACACCUGGGAAUAGGGCUGUCUCAAUCCCUGCUGCCAUAUGUGAUGUCAGAGACUGCUACUUCAUGAAAUUAAAUUCUUGGCUAAACAGGCAUGAGAAAGAUCAGUAUUUUGAAUAAAAUGUUUUCUGGAACAUUUCCAAAUAGUGGGCUGGUCAGUAUGUGUGCUCUAUUGAAAACACGAAAUUGAACAGUGCUUCCAAAUUUAUAAUCCUCUAAAUGAAUUGCCUGGUAAUAAAUAUCAAAAUUAUACAAAUUAUGAAAGAGUAUGCACCUGAAAUGGUGCCCAUGAACAUGUAAUUGAAAUUUCAUCCACAUAAUUGACUAACACGUUAAACUGAAAAGAGUACCCCCCUUCCCCAAAGUACAAUGUAGAUUAUAAUUUAUUUUUAAUGUUAUGAUCAUCACUGUCAACAAAAUGACUGACUUACAGAAGACUAAAUUUUUAUGUUUAUUUGGUUUCACAAAUGUGCAUUUUUAGUGUUCGUACACUCAAAACGUAGCUGUCUAUCUCUGUGUAGAGAAGCAUCAGCAUUAUGCCGUUCUGGCAUGGUAUAGUCCCACUGUUUUAUGUUGUUAGACCAAAUAUCUCUGAUUAUGUAAAAAUGUUGAUAUGCCCUUCUGGUGUGAUGCCCUCAUCUUCAUUCUUUAACUUAGAAAGUAGGUAAAAUAACUCUGUUUUUUGUGGGGAAAGACAGAAAUAAAUUCUCAUCCAACUGCCAUCACUUCAUACAACCUUUCCUGCUUGCCUUACUUCGUACACCAUUAUAUAAUAUUUGGAAGAUGACUUCUGGUGUCCUUAUAUUGAACUACACAUUAACACUGUUCUUAAGUCUAUAAACCACUAAAGUAUCAGAUAAAAGAAUAGUAUUUUUAUGUUUUAGUGGUUUUAUGAAUUUAAAAACUGUGUUUAUACUAUUUGCAUUAAUAGGGCAAUGACUUAUUUCUGAGGAAAUGUUUGUGUUGAACUUGAUGAAGAUUAAAUUUUAAUUGAAACAUAAAGUUUAAAAUAAGGAAACCAGUAGUUUGCUUCUAGAUAAAAUAUAAUGGUGAAAGAAGUGAGACAAACUGGAAGAGGUUCUGUGAAGUGACAGCAGUUGCAUGAGGUUGAAUGUUUAACAAAGCAAAAUGCUGUAUUACAAGACAGUAAGUCAGGGCAAUAAUGUGUUGCAAUAAAACUUUCAAGAGUGACAUUUCAUUAUUAUUUGUAAUAAAUAUGGCAUGUUUGGGCACUUGACCUAUUUAGCAGUUACUUUUUACUGUACGCUGGCAAAACCUUAACUAUUCCAAGCAUAUUUUAUGUACCAUACCAGUAUUAAGAAUGUGUUUAUUCUUUCUGUCCACAUGAUGUAACUCAACUAGUGGACAGAUUUUGAUGAAAUUUGAUAUGGACAUUAAGCCUUUGGGGUCUAUCCUAAAAUCAUACUUUUAUUUUCUUAUAAUUGGUAGUGCCAGCAUGGUGGACAAACAAACUUGUGUAGUGGGAUCAGAUAAUAUAGGGUCAUACAGUGAUGUAUGGUAAUACACCUUCAAAAGAUACAGAACUUAGAUACACUAAUUUUGUACAAUGUAAAACAAGAACAUGGUGUCUGCACAAAACAAAAAAUAAAAAUUGCAUUCAACAGGAUUCAGUCCCACAGAGCUAAGUCGCAUUGUGCAAUGAUGUUGAAAUAUGUUACAUAGAGAAGACAUUGAGAACACAUUAUUUGAACUGUUUGAAAAAACACUGAAUGCAAAAAAUCUCUGAGCCUAAGUUACACUGUCACAGUAAGAGUGGAAGGGAAAAUGCAAAGGGCAAAGGGGAGCAAGACAGCUAUGCACUAUCACUUGGCUGGCUGGCCAACUCGUGUGUGUAUUUGUAAUGGUGAACAAAGCUUGGAGGUAUCUUGCUACUGCUGAAAAGUUGUAUAAGAAAGAUAACGGGCAUUAUCUUUCAUUAAUAAUUGCUUUUUAAAUACUAGCAGGUUGAGACUUUUCAACAUUUUUUGUUGUUAUACAUUGCAUUUAUUGAUCACAUUGUAGUACAAAGUCAAGGCCCUCUGAAUCUAUGCUGUUUUGUCAAUAGUCAGAUUCCAAUAAACAGUUGAAUCAAUAGAGAACAGAGAAAACAAUGUUUAUAAUGUAUGUUCAUGUGUUUGGGUGAAAAUUAUGAAAAGUAUCGACAUUACGAGUCACUUGUUUCUUUAUUAAUAAGAAGAGAAGUAGGUAAGAGUCAACGAAUACAUCUUACAUGAUGAUACGCUUAUGUGGAUGAUAUCAAUGGCAAUGCUUUCGUAGUAUUAAUAUUUUUUUAUUUCACCAUGGAACAUUCAGAGUUACGAAUUUGCAAAGAAUGCAUGUUGGAACUGUGUGUAUUCUGAUACUUAUUACACUUUUCCAGUCUUGUUACAUCUCUGUCUUUGACAGUUUUAUCUUGUGAUUAUUUAUUAAUAAACCAUUACUGUCUUGUUAGUCCACAAAUCAGAAAUUAUAAAUGUGAUGAAACCCAUUGUUUCAUGAAAGUGCCUCCUGAAACUUCACUGAUUUAAGUUGACUACUAAUACCAAGGUCACAAAUGCACUUAGUUUGUAGACUGUAAUGUUUUCAGGUUUUAUUAAGAAGUGUAGAAGAAUUCCAUUUCUGAUAUGUAAUGAGUUUUAAUUCUGAUAUUUUGUCUAAGCAAGAACUGUAUUCUGGUAGAAGUGAAAAACUGUAUGUAGUAUGAAUGCUGGAGAUUAUUUAUCAUUGGUAUUGAUACUGAAGGAUUGAUUUAUUGGCAUAAUUUAUUGUUCCUGAAGAUAGGUGCAUUAUUAAUAAAUAAAUUAUUUUUAUUUGUGAUUGUAAAUAUGUAGGUGUCCAGCAUAUAUUGUAAAGAAAUCAAAUAAGUAUAAUAAUAUACAAUAGACUGCUUUAUAUAACUAUUAACUUGAAAAUGCAGCAAAACUAUUAAACUAAACUUAUUUCAGUAUUGAAUUUGUUGCUCUGGGCUUUAUUCAUAUGGAAGUUUGUAGUAUGGUCUCUGAUGGAGAGAUGUAGCUAAACACUGCUUUUCUUGUGCCCAAGUUACACAAACUGGAUAGCAUGCUUUAUCAUUGCUAUGAACUUGGCCCAACCUCACGAUUGUGUUGACGAGUUGAAUCAGAGAAAUGCAUGUUUUAUAAUGUCAUGUAUUGACAUUCAUUAAUUAUCCAUGUAGUAAUGGUGUCAUUCUGUUUUAUGCCUUAUGAUUAGGUUUAGAUUUUUCCUACAAUUUUAUUCAAGUUGACACUGUGUCAAAUGCAUUUUAAUAAUUUUUUUACACUUAAGGACUUGUAAUCUUUUCAACUUGGGCAAAAUUUUUAUUCUUUCAAAUUUUUUAUUCAUUUAAAAGUGAGUCCUUUAAAACAAUUUUUCAUUUUUGUACAUGAUUUGUACUAAGCAUAUCAGAAUUUUAAACAUAAUUUGUAAUGGAUUUGUUGUCCACUUUCACUCAAAUAUGGUAAAACCGUGUAAUACGUAGAUAACACCCGAGUAUAAGAAAUUUAGAUAUCUUUAAGCCAUGUUGGAGUUUUACCAUAAAUAUUUCAGAUUGUUGUCAGUUGUAUAUGACACAAAUAAUAAUCAGUGCUGUACAUCAA